UCCUUUUCAUCCCUACGUACGCAGUAUUUCCUUCUCUUCCCAAUUGCCACCAUCUGGUUGCUGAGAUCAAAAGUUCUCCUUUUACCUACUUUUCGUGUCUACGCGGCUGAGAUCGGGUCGUUGCCCCGUUCCACCACUUUGUCAGCCUCUUCAAGUUCACUAAAGUAUCAUCAUAAACAAUUGCUGUCCACCCAUUUUUCACCCAUUUCAUUCUUCGCGGCCCAGCCCAAGUCCCCCGACGGUAUCUUUGGCCAUUCAUUCCUGGCGUGCUGAUCAUCCGACCCUGUCGCAACUCGCUUUUUCUCUCCAGCAAAUUCUCGGAAUUGUCUUGCAGGAUGAGGCGACCGUCAUUCAACCCCGGACGCACAAAGAAUGCUAUUCACGGACUCCAAGCGUUUAUCAUAUUCCUCGCAUGGGCUCUGACCAUCGCUGUCUUCACAAAGAGUGGCGGUAUUGAUGGACGAUCAGGAUGGUACUUUGGCUUGUGCUGGCUCACCAUUCCCGCUCUCGUUUAUCUGGUCGCCGUGCCCAUGUGGCCGCGCGCCCGCCGAUUCGGGAACGUCUACGCUUUUGCGACCGUCGACUGCCUUUACACGAUCUUGUGGUUCAGCGCCUGGGUUGCUGUCGCCAGCUAUGUCGCCCAGGGCAAGAGCGAGGGCAAAAGUGACAGCGACAGCAAGGAUAGUAAGAAGAGCGGUUGCGAUAACUGGAAGUACGGCAGCGCCAGCCGAUGCAACAUCAGCACGGCGACCGUUAUUUUAGGCGUGGUUAUCUUCGUCCUGUUUAUCGUAACCUCAUUCAUGUCCUUCCGCAACGUCAUGCACUUCCGCCGGACCGGGACCCUGCCUGAUGCUGUCUCCGACCCAACUUUCGCCGCCCAGAGCAAAGCCGCCUUCUCCUCGAACCCUGGACAAGAAUUCGACGAGGAGGAUGAAUUCCGCUCCGGACGCUCGGGGAUGGGAUCUUCGGUGCGAGACGGCGACGAAGACUACGCCCUGCUGCAUCAAAGCGAAAUGGAUGACCUUGGAAACCCUAACGGACGCUCUGCGAUGCAUGACUCCUACGACCCUACAGUUUCAAGUGGAUCUGUGCUGCACGACUACAACAGCACCGGCUACGGGGGUGCUCAUGGACAGCACUACGCCGCGCCGUCCGAAUACGACUCGACUGUCAGCGGCUACGAACAUCACACAGCCCCCAAAAUGGCCAAAAGCAUCGACAUCUACAACCAAUACCCCCUCGAACUCGACCCCCAAUCCAAAGCCAUCUCGCUCCCCCCCUCCGCCGCAGCACACUACCCCCCGGCCCAAACCGCCGCCGUCACCGAGGAACUGCAAGCCCUCAACCAACUGCACCGGUCGCUGAUCACCUCGCUGGACCCCCCGAACAUCCCGCCGCCCCCACUCCCAAUCAACCCCAAGCGCAGCGCGCAGAUCAGCAAGCUCCGCGACACCGCCAACGCGGCGUUCCGGAAAUCCAACCACGCCGAGGCGGCGCGGCUGUACACGUUUGCGAUUGAGAUGGCGUUGACGCGGCCCGGGUGGGAGCCGGUCACGCUGGCGCGCGACGAGCUGGCCGGGCUGUAUGCGAACCGGGCGCAGGCCUAUAUGUCGCAGCAGGCGUGGGCCGAGGGCCUGCAGGAUGCGAGGGCGAGUGUGGAGGCGAAGCCCGUGGGGAAUGUCAAGGGUUGGUGGAGGGGGGCCAAGUGUCUGAGUGAGAUGGGGAGGUGGGAUGAGGCCCGGGGGUUUUUGACCCGGGGGUUGGAUAUUGAGGGGAGGGUCGCGGAGGGAGCGAAGGAUUUGUUGGGGUUGCUGGCUGAGGUUGAGGAGGGGGUUAAGAGGGCUGCUGCUGCUGCUGCUGCUGCUUAGGAUUUGUUGUUGUUGUUGCGGUUCUUGUCAUUGUUGUAUGAUUUGAUUCCCCGAGUACAUCUGCACUGUUCUUGUGGCUUUGUAUCUGGGACGGUUGAUUUAGUUAGGCGUUAUGGAGAAUACUUGGCUCUCUCUUUUGAUAUCUGGGACAUACGGGGUAGAUAGACAAUGAGUAAACGGGAACAUAAUAAAAUAACUAGUUAUAGAUAGAUAGACAUAUGUAAGGGAAAAAGAAAAAAAAAAAAGAAAAAAAGAAUUCCGAU